UCGCCAAGUGCGCGAAAAUUGGAGGUGUGUCCAACCUAUAAGACGCGUAUUGAGCCUGGUACUGGCGGGGUUAGCUACCAAAAUAAGUACUGCGCGAAAUUGGUACCUUGAUAGUAUAUAUUGA